AUGAACUUUUUGAAAACUCCCAUCUUCAAAUACUCCAAUUACUUCAAGCCAAGGUCCAUACAGUUUAUGAAUUAUUCCAAAAACACCAAAAUUAAUAUGAAUACUCAAAAUCCCCAACAGAAAAUCACUAUUACCGAUACUCACAAUAAUCACAGUCAUACAGAAACUACUGGGCACACAGAGUCUCAUGGUCAUAGUCAUCAAGAGGAACAUGGCCAUAGUCAUGGUGGUAUGAGUAUGCUUUCACAUUCCCAUUCCCAUUCCCAUUCUCAACCCAAUGAAUUACUAACGGCUAGUUUUUCUAAUCCAGCUGUUCGUAUCACUUGGAUAGGACUAAUUGUUAACAUUGGUAUGGCCAUUUCUAAAGGUGUUGGAGGUAUUUAUUUCCAUUCUCAAUCAUUGAUUGCUGAUGCUAUUCAUUCUGUAAGUGAUAUGAUAGCUGAUUUCUUAACUUUGGCUACAGUAAAUGUAGCAACCAAAGUAGGAUCACCCAAUCUUUAUCCCUUAGGUUAUGGAAAAAUUGAAUCUUUUGGUUCAUUAUUAGUCAGUGGAAUAUUACUUUUCGCUGGGUUAUCAGUUGGAUGGUCUUCAUUAUUACAAGUAUUUGAAUUUGUAUUACCAAGUGAUAUUUUCCAUACUGUUUCUCAAAUACAAUUUGGUCAUUCUCAUAGUCAUAGUGAUCACAGUCAUUCUCAUGAAUUGGGUGAUUCUCAUGUUGAAAGCAAAAUGCAAAUCCCUGAUAUAAAUGCUGCUUGGUUAGCUGGGGGAAGUAUUGUCAUCAAAGAAAUCUUGUAUCAGCAAACUAUGAAGGUUGCUAAUCAAACUAAUUCUAAGGUUCUUAUAGCCAAUGCAUGGCAUCACAGAGUUGAUUCCUUAACAGCUUUGGUAGCUGUAGUGACUGUAACCGGAGGUGUGAUGUUCAAUCUUGCAUGGUUAGAUUCAGCUGGUGGAAUAUUAGUAUCAGCAUUAAUCAUUAAAGCUGGUUGGGGUAGUUUCAAAUCAGCUAUUUAUGAAUUGAUUGAUAGAGGUGAAAAGUUCCCUAAUGAAGAAUCAGAUAAAUAUUUGAAUAUCUUGAAGGAAAAAAUCCCUGAAGGUUUCAAAGUAUCCAAACUUUCCUUAUUAACUAGUGGAGCCAAUUCCAAUUACUUUAUCACUUUAGUAAGUAAAGAUAAUAAUGACUUGAAGUUCUUGAACCAAUUGGAAAAUCAAUUGACCGAAGAAAUCAAAAACAAAGAUAAAUUUAUCCGUAACGUAUUCAUCCAGUUUAAACAAAUUCCAGUCGAACAAUUCAAUGAAAUGACAGACAAAGAUAUUAACAUGUAA